AUGGUGGCGGAGGCUGCGGCGGCGGAGCUCCGCGAGGCGUGCGCGGCGCCGGCGGCGGAGCGGGUGGUGGCGGAGCUCCGCGAGGCGUGCGUGGCGCCGGCGGCGCGGCUCAACGAGGUGGCGGCGGCGAUGGAGGCGGAGAUGCGCGCCGGCCUGCGCGAGGAGGGCGGCAGCAACGUCAAGAUGAUCAUCUCCUACGUCGACAACCUCCCCACCGGGAACGAAGAGGGUGUCUUCUACGCCUUGGAUCUCGGCGGAACAAACUUCCGCGUCCUGCGCGUGCACCUCGCGGGGAAAGACAAGCGUGUCGCCAAACGAGAGUCCAAGGAGGUAUCCAUCCCUCCUCACCUCAUGUCGGGCAACGCUUCGGAGCUGUUUGGUUUUAUCGCUUCAGCUUUAGCCAAGUACAUCGCGAGUGAAGGGCACAGCAAUGUGUUUGAUGAUAAGCAGAGAGAACUCGGGUUCACAUUCUCUUUCCCUGUGCGACAAACGUCGAUUGCAUCAGGCACGCUCAUCAAGUGGACCAAGGCAUUUUCGAUCGACGACGCUGUAGGUGAGGAUGUUGUUGCUGAGCUGCAGACGGCCAUGGAGAAGCAAGGCGUCGACAUGCAUGUGGCUGCACUGAUCAACGAUACCGUCGGGACACUGGCUGCGGGUCGGUACAAUGAUGAGGAUGUCGUCAUUGGUGUGAUAUUAGGUACUGGCUCAAAUGCCGCGUACGUUGAAGAAGCGAGCGCCAUACCGAAGUUGGAGGGAGAAUUACCCAAAUCAGGAAACAUGGUGAUAAACACAGAAUGGGGUAACUUCGACUCGUCCUGCCUCCCAAUCACAGAAUAUGAUCAAGCCUUGGAUGAGGAAAGCUUAAACCCAGGGGAACAGAUCUUCGAGAAGUUGAUUUCAGGGAUGUAUCUUGGCGAAAUUGUAAGGAGGGUACUGCAUAAAAUCGCGUCACAAUCUUCAAUCUUUGGCAAUGUCAGCCACACUAAGCUCAAAACUCGCUUCAUUCUGAGGACUCCUGAUAUCUCAGCGAUGCACCAUGACGAUACGCCUGACCUGAGAAUCGUGGCUGAGAAACUGGCCGACAACCUCAAGAUCAUGGACACUUCCUUGGAUACAAGGAAGAUGGUCGUCGAGAUCUGCGACAUCGUCACCAGCAGGUCUGCCCGGCUGGCCGCGGCAGGGAUCGUUGGGAUCCUCAGGAAGAUAGGGAGAGCAGUGCCCGGUGACGGGCGCCGGUCCGUCGUCGCCAUCGACGGUGGCCUGUUUGAGCACUACGCCGAGUUCAGGAAGUGCCUGGAGAGCACUCUGGUGGAGUUGCUCGGGGAGGAGGCGUCGAGGUCGCUGGUGGUGAAGCUCACCAAGGACGGGUCCGGCCUCGGAGCCGCCCUGAUCGCAGCUGCUCACUCGCAGCCCCAGCACUGA